AUGGUUCAGCAUAUUGUCAACAUUGCCGACAGAUUGGAUGGCAACGAGGCAGUUGCCGCAAGCGACCAGGAUAGCAACGGAGAGGAUGACGAAAGCCCCAGAGGCUACACUCACAACGCUUCCGAUCAUGUUAAGACUCAACAUCGACCCAUGGGCCCGAUGGAAAAGAAACGAAGAAGCGGCAUCGCCCAACUGCAGAACCAGCGUGAAGCUAAGAAAGAGAAGAAACUCCCCAUUGUGUCUUCUCCGGCAGAGAAGUGA